AUGAACCUUUCUAUCAGCCGGUUGCUUUUAUGUGUCACUGUUUUGGGUAUUGUGAGCGCAGAUCUGGGCGUUCAGCUGAACCUUUUCGGUAUAGAGAGAAGUUGUACUUAUGCUGAAAAAUUGGCAAGUUUUUUAAAUUUUGUUUAUUUUUAGGUAUGAACUUUUGAGUUGAGGUAGAGUAUGUUUAAGGAUUACGGUAAAGUAGGUAGGGUAGGGUAGGUAGGGUAGGGUAGGGUAGGGUAGGGUAGGGUAUGUAUAAGUUGAUAAUGCUUGGCUUUCUUCAGCGUGCCAAUCAAUGUACGAUGGUUCUGACCGAAACAUAUUUGCCCGUUUCUGACUUCACUGGAAUGCGUACACUACCUAAAAUUUUGGAAAGUUUUAACGAACAAUCAUUGACUAAUGGACAAUGCGCGUAUGUCAAUUUAAAAAUUUGUAAUUUUUUUUUAAUUUUUGUUUUUGAUUUUUUAAAACUAAAACUUUUAAAAAAAAUUGUAAUUUUAGCCGCCUUUGGCAAAUGAUAAUGUGUACUCGUUUCUUGGGCAAAUGCUUUUCCGAGAUGGUCGGUGGUUCCGAGUUGAUAUCGAUAUACAAUAACUUUGGCUUUGCUUACGGUAUCUGCAGUAAUCAUACUAUAGAAGGUAGGGUUUUUCAUAUAAUAUCAUCCUACAUAAUCUGCCGAGAUAAAAAGUUCUGUCGUUUUUGAAUAAAUUUUUAAAAUUAAAUUGAUUUUAGAAUCACGAAGAAUCGAAGAUUGUUACAGUACCAUUAAUCGUGCCUAUUGUAUUGAGCAUUAUGACAUUAUCAGCUCGUGCAAGUAA